ACACAGACACAGACACAGACAAGCCCAGAGAGAUGAGGUGGGGGUGUGCCAGUGCUGGGGCCACUCUGGCUUUUCUCUUCCUCAAUGCAGUGGUUUUCACAGCCUCCUCGGCCGAAGAGCGAGUUUACACCAACGAAUUCCUGGUCCAGUUGCAGGACAGUGGAGAGGCUGCAGCCAAGGAAGUGGCCGCAGAGAGAGGCUUCACUGGCGUCAGGAAGGUCCCUUUUGGAGAGGGACUGUAUCAGUUCACUCACAGCGGGAUCCCUAAGACGAGGCAAAGACGCAGCAUUCACCAUAAGAGACAUCUGGAAAAAGACCCGAGGGUAAUACAUGUCUCGCAGCAAGAAGCAUUCGAGAGAAGGAAGCGAGGCUACCGAAGGAUUAGUGAUAUUGAUGUCGACAUGAACGAUCCUUUGUUUUCAAAACAAUGGUAUCUUAUAAAUACAGGCCAAGCAGAUGGAACCCCUGGAUUAGACUUGAAUGUGGCCGAGGCUUGGGAACUGGGUUACACUGGAAAAGGAGUUACCAUAGCAAUCAUGGAUGAUGGCAUUGACUACUUGCACCCCGAUCUUGCUGAGAACUACAACGCAGAGGCCAGCUAUGACUUCAGCAGUAAUGAUCCUUAUCCAUAUCCUCGCUACACAGACGACUGGUUUAACAGCCACGGGACGAGAUGCGCUGGUGAAGUGUCAGCUGCUGCCAACGACAAUGUCUGUGGUGUGGGGGUGGCUUACUCCUCCAAAGUGGCAGGCAUCCGGAUGUUGGACCAGCCAUUCAUGACUGAUAUCAUAGAAGCUUCUUCCAUCAGUCACAUGCCUCAGACUAUAGACAUCUACAGUGCCAGCUGGGGUCCGACCGACGACGGCAAGACUGUGGAUGGACCUCGUGAGCUGACACUGCAGGCCAUGGCUGAUGGUGUGAAUAAGGGUCGGAAUGGAAAAGGCAGCAUCUACGUCUGGGCUUCGGGGGAUGGUGGCAGCUACGAUGAUUGUAACUGCGAUGGCUACGCCUCGAGCAUGUGGACCAUCUCCAUUAACUCGGCCAUCAACGACGGCAGGACUGCGCUCUAUGACGAGAGUUGCUCUUCCACGCUCGCCUCCACAUUCAGCAACGGGAGGAAGAGGAAUCCUGAGGCCGGCGUGGCGACCACUGACCUGUACGGGAACUGUACUCUGCGGCAUUCAGGGACUUCAGCAGCAGCGCCAGAAGCUGCUGGUGUGUUUGCCUUGUCUUUGGAAGCCAAUCCGAACCUGACAUGGAGAGACAUGCAGCAUCUCAGCGUGCUGACGUCCAAACGUAACCAACUCCACGAUGAGGUGCACAGGUGGAGAAGGAACGGCGUGGGCCUGGAGUUCAACCACCUCUUUGGUUAUGGGGUCCUGGACGCAGGGGCCAUGGUUAAACUGGCGAAAGAUUGGAAGACCGUUCCCGAGAGGUUCCACUGUAUUGCAGGAUCGAUUCAGGAACCGCAGACAAUCACGUCGGAAGACAAGUUGGUUCUGACGAUAACGACCGACGCGUGCGAAGGGAAGGCCAACUUUGCUCGCUACCUGGAGCAUGUACAGGCUGUGAUCACGGUGAACUCCACCCGGCGGGGAGACCUGAACCUGAACAUGACGUCGCCCACCGGCACCAAGUCCAUCCUCCUGAGCCGCAGGCCCAGGGAUGACGACUCCAAGGUGGGUUUCGACAAGUGGCCCUUCAUGACCACCCACACGUGGGGGGAGGACCCCAGGGGGACUUGGACCCUGGAGGUGGGCUUCACGGGGGGCACGGCGCAGAAGGGCGUGCUCAAGGAAUGGACCCUGAUGCUUCACGGGACUCAGAGCGCCCCUUACAUAGACCAAAUAGUGAGAGAUUACCAGUCCAAACUGGCCAUGUCGAAGAAGGAGGAGCUGGAGGAGGAACUGGAUGAGGCAGUGGAGCGAAGUCUGAAGAGCCUGCUGAAGGAAAAUGAACCCUAUUAAACGCUGCAUGUCUGUCUUUUCUCUCCCCUCUCCCUCUCUCCCCUCUCCCCUCCCCUCCGAUCCCCACAUUGUAACCGCUUUGUGACUUCAAACUGCUGGAUUUAAUGUUUCUCGUAGCAAAGUUGCCACACUGUGUGCUGUGAUCUUUAACCCACCGUCUCCUAUUACUGUACUGUCAGUCCAUGAAUUGUGUUUUAAAAUAGCACCAUUUUUUUGUUCUUUUUCACACACAUCAAUACUCGUUAGUUCCACGGAUGUUACGCACAGUUUGUGAAUGUAAAAGGACUUUUGGUGUGAAAUUUAAAGGUAAUAUCUUGCAAACAGA